CCAUGGCGAGCCCUAAACUUGGCACGCUGCCACUGCACCGGCUGUUCGGAGGUGGAACCCCGGGUCCUGUGCUUGCUAGUCCCAGGCACCCUCUGCCUUUUCUGCUCCUCCGUGUCAACAGCUGCUGAAGUCACACCCCCGAUUCUCUUACCUACCUCUCCUCACCCCAGUGUGCUGCUAGCCCCCUCCUCCCUGCACUUGCCCAGAGGCCUCCAGACAGAGGGCGAUGCAAGGGAGCUGGUGAAGACUUGCCUUCUCUCCGCCAUGGUCGCCAGCACCAAGUAUGAAGUGGCCGCUCAGAACGAGGCAGACGAGGCAGAUGGCUCUGCUCAGGGGGAUGGGGCGGGCCCUGCGACUGAGCAGGUAAAACUGAAGAAGGAGAUCUCGCUGCUUAAUGGCGUGUGCCUGAUAGUGGGGAACAUGAUCGGCUCCGGGAUCUUUGUCUCCCCCAAGGGCGUACUCAUGUACAGUGCCUCUUUUGGCCUCUCGCUGGUCAUCUGGGCUGUUGGGGGCAUUUUCUCCGUCUUUGGGGCCCUGUGUUAUGCCGAACUGGGUACCACCAUUAAGAAAUCCGGGGCCAGCUAUGCGUACAUCCUGGAGGCCUUCGGGGGAUUUCUCGCCUUCAUCCGCCUCUGGACUUCUCUUCUCAUCAUUGAACCCACCAGCCAGGCCGUCAUUGCCAUCACCUUUGCCAACUACAUGGUGCAGCCCCUCUUCCCGAGCUGUGGCGCUCCCUAUGCUGCUGGCCGCCUGCUGGCCGCUGCCUGCAUCUGUCUCUUAACCUUCAUUAACUGUGCCUAUGUCAAGUGGGGAACCCUGGUCCAAGAUAUUUUCACCUACGCUAAAGUGUUGGCGCUGAUUGCGGUCAUCAUUGCGGGAAUUGUUAGACUUGGCCAGGGAGCCACAACUAACUUUGAGGACUCCUUUGAGGGCUCAUCGUUUGCAAUGGGUGACAUUGCCCUGGCACUAUACUCAGCUUUGUUCUCCUACUCGGGCUGGGACACCCUUAACUAUGUCACUGAAGAGAUCAGGAAUCCCGAGAGGAACUUGCCCCUCUCCAUUGGCAUUUCCAUGCCCAUCGUCACCAUCAUCUACCUCUUGACCAAUGUGGCCUAUUACAGCGUGCUAGACAUAAAGGACAUCUUGGCCAGUGAUGCGGUUGCUGUGACCUUUGCAGAUCAGAUUUUUGGAAUAUUCAACUGGACAAUUCCAUUAGCAGUUGCAUUAUCCUGCUUCGGUGGCCUCAAUGCUUCCAUUGUGGCUGCUUCUAGGCUUUUAUUUGUGGGCUCGAGAGAAGGCCACCUCCCGGAUGCUAUCUGUAUGAUUCAUGUUGAACGGUUCACACCAGUUCCUUCUCUACUCUUCAAUGGUAUCUUGGCACUGGUCUACUUGUGUGUGGAGGACAUCUUCCAGCUCAUUAACUACUACAGCUUCAGCUACUGGUUCUUCGUGGGACUUUCUAUUGUGGGUCAGCUUUACCUACGCUGGAAGGAACCUGACCGGCCCCGCCCUCUCAAGCUCAGCCUGUUCUUCCCCAUCGUCUUCUGCCUCUGUACCAUCUUCCUGGUGGCUGUCCCACUUUACAGCGAUACCAUCAAUUCCCUCAUCGGCAUCGGCAUCGCGCUCUCGGGCCUGCCCUUCUAUUUCCUCAUCAUCAGAGUGCCCGAGCACAAACGACCUCUGUGCCUUCGCAGGAUCGUAGCGUCUACCACACGGUACCUCCAGAUCAUCUGUAUGUCAGUUGCUGCAGAAAUGGACUUGGAAGAUGGAGAGUUGCCCAAACAAGGUCCCAAGUCUAAAUAGAGCGUGGAAUUCUGAGAUGUGGGCAAACUCGGUGUUUCUCAUCUCCCAUUGGCCAGAACUUCUGGAGGCCCCACCCAGAGCCCAGGCUUGGCAGCUUCAACUCGGAACUUGCUUUUGAGGGAUGAAGAGUAAUUUAUUUGUUUUGCUACGUGUUGUUUCGGACUUCAUAAGUGGAUAAUGCAGACUGUGGCGGAAGCAGGCCAUUUCUGAGGCUUGGUUCUGGCAGCACCCGGGGUGCCUACCCACUCCUCUCUUCCUUUACCAGGGCCAACAAUGCUCCAAAUUUGUCUCCUUUAGAGGGACACAAAACUGUCACAGAUGCAAAACAAUAAAAAGAUUAUGUUCCUAA